UCGGUUUCAUUUUGAUUCAAUGAUGUUGUUGAAUUAUGUUUAAUUAUAAUUGUACUUGUAAUCUUGUUUUAAUUUUUGUUUAUUAUUUAAUUUGAUUUAAUUGAAGGUGAUUAGAUUGUGGUCGUGAAAAUGUCGACUAAUAUUCAUAAUCAGACUAUCUCAUCAAGUGGAACUGUUCUCACUGUAACAAGACCAGUCUCAAGUCAGAGUGGAUCAAAUCAACAGCCACAGAUAUUGUCUGUUGUGUCUAAUCCAAGUAACCAGGCUAAUUUUUCACAAGUUGUUUUAACACCUAGUCGACCAGCAUCUAAUACCGUUACUGUGACACCCGCCUCUGUAUCAGCUCUUAGUCACCAAAGAGGAUCACAACCUCGGGUAAUCAAUUUAAAUCAACCAUUAAGGUUGGGAGGUCAGAUCCUCACUAGACCGACCAUGACUCUCAAUCAGCAGAACUUUCCAGUGGCUAGAAAUACAUUCAUUAUUAGGGAUGGUACAUUACAAUUUCUGAAUAUGAAUCACAAUUUAACUCAAUCAAAUCAACCACAGACCCUUAGAUUACAGACUAUGGUACCUCACUCAACUAAUGUGGGGACAACCAUAAGAGCACCUCAAAUGACAGCUAUACCCAAUUCUUCAGUGAUUACAUCCAGAAGUGGUCAAGUACAAUUAAGCCAACCAUUAACCAUUCAAACCACCCCGGCAAAUGCCCAAGCUGCAUCUUCACAACCAUCUCAAAUGUCACCAAAUACUGCUAAGAUUAAGUGCAAAAAUUUUCUUUCCACUUUGAUAAGACUAGCCAGUGAUCAGCCAGAACAAACGGCAAAUAAUGUUAAAAAUUUGAUCCAAAGCCUAAUUGAUGGAGUAAUCGAACCUGAUGAAUUUACCAAUCAAUUACAAAGUGAGCUUAAUUCUUCUCCUCAACCGUGUCUUAUACCAUUUCUUAAGAAAAGUUUGCCUUAUCUUCGACAUUCAUUAAUGGUACACGAGACGGCGAUCGAUGGUGUCCGACCUCCUCCCCCUGGGUCAGUCCAAUUACCUUUACAACCGCAAUCACUUUCCCAAAACACCUUUCAGCUCACUUCACAACCUAGACAAAAUACCAUCCGUGUACUUACAGCACCUCAGUUAGCAAGUUUGUCUAAUUUAACUCAAGGAACCGUACAAAUUACAAAUAUUCGUCCAACUACUAGUAGUUAUUCAUCAACAUCUACGGCGACCACGAUAACACCUGUUACUUCAGCUCAAUUUAGCAAAAUGCCUCUUAUUUCACAAAAUAAUGCUAAAAUUAGACCAUCAGCAGCGAAAGCCCGCAAUAUAGCAUAUUCCAAAGAAAAAAUAGAAAAGAAGGCUUUUGUAACUACGCUUCGCGACGAUGAUGAUAUUAAUGAUGUAGCCGCAAUGGGAGGUGUAAAUUUAGUUGAAGAAAGUCAGAGAAUAUUGGCCACCAAUGCUGAAUUCGUAGGAGCUCAAAUUAGAUCUUGUAAAGACGAAAAUUUCCUUUUUACUAAUCCACUUCAAAAUCGUAUUAAUGAAAUAGCUAAGAGAAAUGGUCUUGAUGACGUUCUUUCAGACGUAGUAUCCCUAGUCUCUCAUGCAGCGCAAGAGCGGUUAAAAACGUUAGUUGAAAAAUUAGGAAUCAUAGCUGAACAUAGGAUGGAAAAUUUUAAGAGUGAUCCAAGAUUUGAAGUAACUCAAGAUGUUAGAGCGCAAACAAAAUUUCUCGAGGAAUUGGAUAGAUUAGAAAAGAAAAGGCAUGAAGAGCAGGAGAGGGAGAUGUUAAUGAGAGCCGCGAAGAGUCGUUCUAAAUUGGAAGAUCCUGAACAACUUAAACUGAAGCAAAAAGCAAAGGAAAUGCAGCGAGCUGAAUUGGAAGAAGCUCGUCAAAGAGAGGCCAAUGAAACCGCUUUAUUAGCCAUAGGUCCUCGUAAAAAACUUAAAACUACAAACGCAUCAGAUAAUAGUCUAAAUAAUUCAUUUAUCAACAAUUCAUCUAAUAAUUCACAAGGCCUGUCAUUUUUUUCCAGUACGCCAGCUAAGGCACAGAUUCGUCGAUUUAAACGAGUAAAUAUACGUGACCUUCAGUUUUUAAUGGAACAAGAACGUGAAAUGAUUCGAAGUGUAAUGCUUUAUAAAGCAUAUGUCAAAUAAUAUAUUUCAAAGAUUACAAAAGAGAUACAAAUCUAAUUAAUUCAUAAAUCAACUUUUAAUAAAAUUGGAUGGUAGUUGAUUAAUCUACCAGAAUAUCACCAAAGGAGAAAACUCGAAAACAAAAUGCUUUUCAAUUUAAAAUUUUCGAGGUAUAUUAUGCAUAGCCGAAAGUGUUUUCUUUCUUUACUGUUUUUUUUGGAAACUUUUAAUAAGCAGAGCAACAAUCUUGCUGGUCAAAUAAUCACAUCGGAAAUGACCAUAUGAACAUGAAAGAAACACUGAGGACUUUAUCUAUAAAUAUAUUGCAAACAAAAUCUCAGCAACAAGAAAAAAAAGGAAUGCAUCUUAAAUCUCACCAUCUCUUGAUCAUCAUCAUCAUCAUCAUAAUCAUUAUAAUCAUCUUUACAAUCACUACCUAUCAUCAAAUUCAUCAUCAUUAAUUCAUCCUCACACUAAUAACCAACAAUACUAUCGUUUUCAACGUUUUCAACUUUUCGCUCAAUAUUUUCACCUGAAAUAUUAAAUUUAUGACAGGUUAAAACACUGAAAACAAUUAAAAUACAGAAUGUCUUUUA